CAAAAUAACAGCGCGCCAAUUCGUAUUGUUGACUUCUUCAGUAAGGGUGAUGCGCCACGUCAGUUAAAACUUUGAAAUCGGGCAAGCACCACUGAUUUAUGCAGUAUGGCAGUGCCGUUUGUGCAGGACUGGGAUCUUGUUCAGACACUUGGUGAAGGAGCUUAUGGAGAAGUGAAGCUUCUGGUGAACAGACAGACGGAGGAGGCGGUUGCAGUCAAGGUGAUCGACACCUUGCAGGGUGAAGAAUGUGCGGCCAAUGUGAAGAAGGAGAUCUGCGUGCACAAGAUGCUGAAACACUGCAACAUUGUGCGUUUCUUUGGACAUCGUCAAGAAGGAAAUAUUGUCUUCCUCUUUUUGGAGUACUGCAUAGGAGGCGAGCUGUUUGACCGAAUUGAGCCGGAUGUUGGAAUGGAUGAGAAAGAUGCACACGGAUUUUUCCAGCAACUUUUAUCGGCUGUGGAGUACCUCCACAAAAUUGGCAUCACGCACCGAGACAUAAAGCCAGAGAAUAUUUUGCUGGAUGACAAAGACAACAUCAAGCUGACAGAUUUUGGCCUGGCGACGAUGUUUCGCUUCAAAGGAAGAGAGCGGCCGAUGAAUCGUCUCUGCGGCACUCUCCCUUAUGUCGCCCCGGAACUGUUGAGCAAAACUCAGUACAAAGCUCAACCUGCAGAUAUCUGGUCUUGUGGCAUCGUGCUGACUGCAAUGCUGGCUGGAGAACUGCCAUGGGACCAACCAGCUGAAAUCUGUCUGGAAUAUUUGGAUUGGCUUAACAAGAAAACCUACACGUCUCCCUGGAAGAAAAUACAGCCAGCACCUCUCUGUUUGUUAUCCAAAUUACUGAUGGCCAUGCCAGAAAUGCGCAUCACCAUUGAGGAAAUUCAGAAAGACCGCUGGUUCACUGAAGGUGUUAAGCAGCCACCAAGUUCUUCAAGCUCACAUCCCAACAAACACCAACGAUCCGAUCUCGAAGUCAUACCUCGAGCCAGCAGCAACGACAAGAUCCAGUUCUCUAGCUCCCAGCCCGACCUCGCCGUGGGAGGUUGGGAAGGCAUGCUGCUCGACGGCAAGUCCAACGGUCAAGUCAGCUUCUCCCAACCGACCAAACCCGAGCAUAUGCUGCUGGGCAGUCAGCUGAUGGGAACGCCGGGAGCCAGUCAGACGCCGUGGCAAAGAUUAGUCCGUCGAAUGACACGUUUCUUCACCUCCGUGAAUGCUCACACCUCUCUGACUUUGCUGAAAGACGCCUGCGAUAGCCUGACCCUAGUCUACAAACUUACCUGCGACAAUCACGUGACUGUCAGUACACUGGACAAACGCAAUAACAAACUCAUUUUCAAAGUCUACUUGUUCGAUAUGAAUCAGAAUGUGCUGUUAGACUUUAGACUAUCCAAGGGUGACGGCCUGGAGUUCAAACGUCUUUUCUUGAAGAUAAAGCAGAAGCUGUGCGACAUCGUCUGCACUCAGAAGAUUGUCUUUCCUGGCACUUGAGGCCAUUUGUGACAAACAGGAACUGUUGGUAAAUAGCUGUUAACUUUUUAAUGUUAUAUAUUUGUUCCCGUUUGUUAUGAGUUUUAUUGUUUGUGCUCCCCGUUUCCUGUUGUCAUGGUUUUAAAAGAAAAAUGUUCUCGGUCAACAACUCUUAAUAUGACUGAUUUGUUUUUAUGUUGUUACUGUUCAAAAUUUUGAUGACUAAAUAAAUUACUUUACAGUUA